UCUGCUCGGUUUAUUUUCCUCCCGCCCUCCACCGGAGCGGAGCGAGAUGAUCACCGGACCCUGCGGCGUUUGGGCGCUUUGUGGUCGGACAGUCUGGAAGGAACGGACCGGGAACCAGAACCGACCGGAAGCAGCGACCGGGCGGCAGCACGGAGCCGAACAUCAGCGCGACUUUACGGGCGUUUCAGAGCCGAGAGGCCCCGGAGAGAUACUGAGCGGUCCGAGGCAGCGGAGCCGGGUGGCGGUGGACUGCUGGCGGCUGCAGCUGCAGCUGCGGGCGGAGGACUGACUCAGAGACAUGUACCAGGUCCAGGGGAAAGGGGAAAGGGUCGUUGCCAUGGUGCUGAAGGAGCUUCCUGGUAAAAAGGCAUCCUCAGAAGGAAACCCCCUCCUCACCGUGACAACCAAGCUGGUCCGAGAGCAGCAGGAGAGUCGACCCCUGCUGAGUCCCUCCAUUGAUGACUUCCUGUCGGAGAGCCGGAGCGACGCCCCAUCCACCCAGCCCCUCACCUCCAACACAGCUGUUCUGUCCACAGCUCUGGACCUGGUGGACCUCAGUGAGCCGGGGGAGAGCAGCGGGGGCGGCAGCGGGAGCAGCAGCGGGGGCGGCAGCGGGAGCAGCAGCGGGGGCGGCAGCGGGAGCAGCAGCGGGAGCGGCAGCGGGGGCGGCAGCGGGAGCAGCAGCGGGGGCAGCAGCGGUGGUAGUAACGGAGGUAGUAACGGUGGAAGUAGUGGCAGCUGCAGUAACAAGGACCAGAGGAGGAGUCCUCUGAGGAGGAAGGGCAGCUUGAGGAGUCCUCGGCGCCGGACAAGACCUGAUGAGACAGAGCUGAUCCAGGUGGAAGUGGAACACCUGCCAGCCAGUCCCAGAACACCUGAGAGGAUCUCGCUGGACUCAGUCAGUCUGUCGUCUCCACUGGACAAAUGGGACGAGGUGAACCUGGACGUGGAGGACGGAGGACACAGGAAGAGAUACGAGAAGAGAUGCACCUCCCACCACUCCUCCAGUGAACUGCUGUGGUCUGCAGAGUUUAAAACUGAUCCUCUAACCAAGAACUCCUUCGACAUCCACAGCUUCGAUGAUCUCGACUUCAUAUCUUCAACACAGGAAAGCGCAGCGUCCAGGCAGCGCAGACGGACUCGUUCCCUUCUGGCCAGAAACGAGUCUCUGGAGGACGAGUUUGUCAGAGCGAAGGCUGCUGUUGAGUCGGACACGGAGUUCUGGGAUAAGAUGCAGGCCGAGUGGGAGGAGCUGGCCCGGAGGAACUGGCUGGAGGACUCUGAGGGCCAGACGCCAAUCCCGCCCAGCGUCUCACCUGUGGAGAAGGGUUACUUCUUCAAUGCCAACAACCCGUACAGAGACUGGCCCAGUGCCUUCGCCGAGGGGCAGGAGAAAGCUCGGGAGGGAGACCUGAACGCCGCCGUCCUGCUGCUGGAGGCCGCCAUCCUCCAGGAUCCGCAGGACUCUGAGGCCUGGCAGGUUUUAGGAAUGACGCAGGCUGAGAACGAGAACGAACAGGCUGCCAUCGUGUCGCUGCAGAGGUGUCUGGAACUCCGCCCCAACAACCUGCCGGCUCUCAUGGCGCUCGCCGUCAGCUUCACCAAUGUCGGCAUGCAGUGUGAGGCGUGCGACGCUCUGCGCCGCUGGAUCAGCCACAACCCCCGAUACAAACACCUGGUGGUGGAGCGCAGGAGCCCGCUACAAGGCUCCCCGGCCACACCUCGCAGGAGCCCCCACAACUCAUCACCAGCCAGGUGUGAGCUGCAGGACGUCCUGCUCCUCUUCCAGGAUGCGGCUCUGUUGAAUCUGGACUGUGUGGAUCCGGACCUGCAGACCGGACUGGGCGUCCUUUUCAACCUCAGCUCUGACUUUAACAAGGCUGUGGAGGCGUUCACUGCAGCGCUGUCUGUCAGACCACAGGACUACCUGCUUUGGAACCGUCUGGGUGCGACACUGGCGAAUGGAGACCGCAGUGAGGAGGCCGUGGAGGCGUACACCAGAGCUCUGGAGCUGCAGCCUGGAUUCAUCCGGUCCAGAUACAACCUGGGGAUCAGCUGCAUCAACCUGGGAGCUCACAGGGAGGCGGUCAGUAACUUCCUGACGGCUCUGAACCAGCAGAGGCGGAGUCAGCGCUGCAGCCACCAGCAGAUGUCGGCGAACAUCUGGGCCGCCCUGCGAAUCGCCAUCUCCCUGAUGGACCGGCCCGAGCUGUUCCAGGCCGCCAACAUCGGGGACCUGGACCUGCUGAUGAGGGCCUUCGACGUGGGCGACGUCUGACGGUGACGGGGGCGGCCUGGUCGGACUGAAGGUUGUCUGUCGGGUCAGCUCAGAGGAAGUGUGAGUGUUGUCUCCUAGAAACAGAGGACCAAAGGGGGACAUGGGCUGGAUGUGGACAGUUUGGUAUGAAACCAAAGAGACAAUGACGUCCGCAGGAAAAUCCUUCGCAAUAUAACAGCACAACCCUUUAGCUUUCUUUAAGAACACUGUCCUGUUGUCUUGGCGCCGAUGACGUCAUCAGCAAAGCGCGUCUGCACAUCCUUCCGGUCCUUUAAUGUUUAAACCGUCCAGAAUACGAGUCUUCUACAUGACCAGAAUACGAGUCUUCUACAUGACUACAACAAGCUCAGGUCCUGUUGGGCCCAUAAAUGGGCCCACCCUCAGAUUCAUUUGGUUGUCAUUUUGGCUGUGGUCAUGCUAGAAAGUUCAUAAGUUGCACAGAGGCCACUUUACCAGGGUACAACAUGCUCCUGGAAAAUCUCCUGUCUACACCUUAAAAUGAGCUGUAUGCAACUUUGGGCCCUGUUCUCCUGUUAUGGACAAAAAUGGGCCCCAUUGAAACCCAUUAUAAAAUGCAAAAAACACACAUUUUUACCUGGUGGUUAUUUUUUCCCAGAAAGAUGAUUUAUCUGUUUUCAUGGCUUAAUUCACAACAGGGGAAGUCAAAAUAUAGGUUUCUGAGCAAUUUUGGAAAAUUCAUUCAGGAAUACUAUUGUAGCACCUUUGCAAAAAAAAGGGGUACUGACAGGCUGCUCCCCCCAUGCAGCGCUGGACCCCACCUGGCCAGACACAAGAGGAUGAAACUGGUCCUGUGUGCAAAUCAUUUGCUUAAAUUCAUGAUUAGAGUAAAGUUCAUAUGUGCAUUCAAAUAUACCAACAGCUAAUUGUGAAGUUGUGUUGUCUGAUUUUCACCAGCUUGCACAUUUCAUCAAAAUUACCAAAUUUCCUUUAAUUUAGUCGAAAAAUAUUGCAUUGCAAUCAGUGGGCGCGCGUUCCCGCGGGGCGCGUUCAAGUGUGUGUGAGUGGGUACGUGUAUGGGACAUGUGCAUGUGUGACUUGAAAGGAGUUGACAUAUUAUCUUUAUUUGCAAGCAGCAGCUGCAAAACUAAAACUUGUCACAGCAGCUCCAGAACCGGAGAUCCAGCCCGGUUCUAUCAGCGGACCCUCCCAGAGCGCUCGCGGGGAAUGCUGCCUCGCUUCUCCGCUAAGAUGCGGGAGGGAAACCGAUGAAAAUUUUAACGGCUUUUUUCAAAACUCUGAUCCGAGCAUUAUCUUCAUUUGCAAGCAGUAGUUGUAAAAAUAAAACUAGGACGGUAGUUUCAGACGCAGAAAUCCAGCCCGGUUCUUUCAGCAGGUGCUCCCACAGCGCUCGCCGACAAUGAAGCCUCGCUUCCCCGCUAAGAUGCGCGAGGGAGACCGCUGAAAGAUUUGACGCUUUUUUCAAAACUCUGAUCUAAAAUAUCAGAUUACGCCGCUUCCCCUUGGUCGAUCGAGGUCAAAUAAAAAGU